AUGGAACUGUCCCAGCUCCUCCGUGAGAUCAGGGCAAAGUAUGAAACGCUCAUCUCCAGAAAUCAGAUAAAGACCCUCAUCUCAGCAAGGACCCAGCUAGAAGAAGCCACCAUUAAAAGAAUGGACAAAGAUGCAGAAGCAUUAAAGGCAGCCAGAGCAGAACUCUCUGAAGCCAGACGGCAGUGGCACCAUAUGCAGAUCGAAAUUGAAUCUCUCCACGCUGUGGAAAAGGGUUUGGAGCGUUCACUGCGUGCCACAGAGCAGCAGUACCACAUGCAGCUACAACAUUUAGAGGCUGAGAUUGAAUGCUUAGAGAAGGAGCUACUGGAUGUGAGAAGAGGUAUUGAGAAGCAGCUUCAAGAGCAUGAAAUUCUCCUGAACACCAGGAUGAAACUGGAGGAGGAGAUAGCAACGUAUCGCAGCCUGCUUGAGCAAGAAGAGAACAGGUUUCGUUGCCCUGCACCUGACCAGCCAGAUGACAAAAAGCCUACCACGAGCAAGAUUGCCUUUACACUGCCUUCAAAUAGUGUAAAGAAGCAUGCAAGUGAGAAGAUGGAACUGUUGACAAAACAAGCAAUCCUAGAUGGAAAUAUUAUGAAGGAAAGCACUGAAGCUCACGGCACUGUACAGACAGAAAAAGUAGAUGAAGUUAUCAAAGAAUGGGAAGGUUCUUUCUUUAAGGACAACCCUCGCUUAAGGAAAAAAUCUGUUUCGUUGCGCUUUGAUCUCCACCUGGCAGCCACUGAGGAGGGAUGUUUACACACUAAAAAGAAAACUCUUCCUGACAUUGAAGUCAGGCUGGUAAUGAGGAGAUCCUGCAGUAUUCCUUCUAUCAAACCUUAA